AUGUCCCAGCUGAGAAUGCCAGAGAUGGAUGAGGCAUUGCGCUCCUUCGCAGAGAAGGUCUUUGCUUCUGAGGUGAAAGAUGAGGAGACCAGGCAAGAGAUCUCUCCUUUUGAUGUGGAAGAUAUCUGUCCCAUCUCACGCCAGGAGAUGAGAGAACACAUGAUACUUCAGGAGAGCACUGACACAUCAGAAAAGCGGAAGAAGCGCUUGUUCCGCAUGAAGACGAUUGCGUUGGCAGUGCCUGUGGCUCAGAAGUCUAUAACCAAACUAUCUGCUAUCGAAGAGGUCAUCUCCACCUCCCCCCUGUACCAGACUGUGCCUGACUUCCAGCGGGUACAGAUCACAGGGGAUUACGCCUCUGGGGUGACAGUGGAAGAUUUUGAAGUUGUCUGCAAAGGCCUGUACCGUGCACUGUGCAUCCGGGAGAAGCACAUGCAGCAGUCCAUGCAGAGGUUCCCCAAGACCCUGUCCCAGUACCUGCGCACUAUUGAGGGCGAGGUCUGGAGGGCGAGAGAUGCUGGCCCAGGCCCAUUGUUCACCCCACCAGUGAAGGAUGGAGAGGAUCCCUUUGACACUGGGAAUCUCGGUGAGGACCUGGGAUACCACAUUCAGAUGAAGAAUGGUGUAGUUUACGUCUAUGAAGACAAGGCAGCAGCUGACAGAAAUGAGCCAAAGGAUCUGCCCUACCCGAGCCUUGAGCACUUCGUUGAUGACAUGAACUUCCUCUUGGCUCUGAUUGCAAAGGGGCCUGUUAAGACCUAUGCUCAUCGACGCCUGAAGUUCCUCUCAUCCAAGUUCCAAUUGCAUGAAAUGCUAAAUGAGAUGGAUGAGAUCAAGGAGCUGAAGAACAACCCCCACCGGGAUUUCUACAACUGCCGAAAGGUGGACACACACAUCCAUGCUGCGGCCUGCAUGAACCAGAAGCAUCUUUUGCGUUUUAUCAAGAAAUCCUACUUUGUGGAUGCUGACCGCAUAGUUUAUGAUGCCAAGGGCAAACAGCUUACCCUGAAACAGCUUUUCCAGCAGCUCAAUCUGCAUCCCUAUGACCUGACAGUGGAUUCCCUGGAUGUCCAUGCUGGACGUCAGACAUUCCAGCGCUUUGACAAGUUCAAUGACAAGUACAACCCUGUGGGUGCCAGUGAGCUGCGUGACCUCUAUCUGAAAACAGACAAUGCUAUCGAUGGCGAGUACUUUGCUACCAUCAUCAAGGAGGUUGGAUCUGAUCUGGAGGAUGCCAAGUACCAGUACAUGGAGCCUCGCCUCUCAAUCUAUGGGCGAUCAGCUGAGGAGUGGCCCAAGCUAGCCAGCUGGUUCACCAAACACCGCGUCUAUUCCCCCAACAUGAAGUGGAUGAUCCAAAUCACUGGCUUCGACAGCGUGGAUGAUGAAUCCAAGCAUAGUGGACACAUGUUCUGCACUAAAAGCCCAAAGCCAGAGCAAUGGACUUCAGAGAAGAACCCAUCCUACACCUAUUAUUUAUAUUACAUGUAUGCCAACAUUCUGGUGCUGAAUAACCUACGCAGGUGA